AUGCAAGACACUGUAUGCAUAUCGUCGCUGAUCUUACUAUCUUUGCCGACUACUUACCGACGGAAGACGUGCAUUGAUAAUACUCUGAUAGACUUAAACUCUGCUAUCAAGUUCUCCCAAGAAGAGUUUGAAUUGCUGCACUCCAUUCAAAAGAGCCCGAAAAUAGUCAAGAUGACAGUGAAAGCACUUUGCAGACGAGAUGCGACACUUUUAACUGCAGUAGCUGACCUUAAAUAUAUCCUAAGAAAAUUAAAUAACCAAAAAACAAGUUUAUUUAAAUCUCUGGCGGAAGCUCUAAGAAAGCGCAUAUUGGAAAGACCACAACCUAUGACUGCAAUUUUACAGUAUCUUCAUAACCCGGAAGAAUAUUUCAAAGAAAAUGCAAAGACACGCUGA